CUGGAUAUGACUCAGUUCGAUUACUUCAUUGGUACAGAUCCGUAUACAGCAUGGAAGGAUGGUGUUCGGUAUCGCCAUGAUUCCGAAAACAGGGUGGUGAUCACAUCGAUGUUGCUCAUGAUUGGUUAUAAAGGUACAUCAUCGUUAGCCGGUAAAGCAAAUCUGCUUCGAUCAUCUCGCAAAAUCUGUGCUCGUUAUUCACAAUACGACAUGGUACCAUUCGAUACGGAUGCAGAACUUGUGGACGUAAUACUAGCGGUGCCUUCCACAACCAUCCGCAAAAAUACCAAGACUACUCAUUCUGGCUAUCCAAUGUUCGAUUUUAUCGAAAAUGCUUUCGGCUGUACACGAGACUAA